AUGCCCUCUGCACUCUCCACGAGACCCUGGGAUGCUGAGCUCCCCAAUGCCACCAUGGCGGCAUGGACCAAUGGAAGCACGCCAGAGACACCCCUGUUCCACCUCUUUGCCCAACUGGAUGAGGAUCUGCACACAGACUUCCCCAGCCUGUGGCUGGCAUUAAUGGUCGUGCAUGGCACCAUCUUCCUUGCCGGGCUGGUGCUCAAUGGACUGGCACUGUACGUCUUCUGCUGCCGCACUCGGGCCAAGACGCCUUCAGUCACCUAUACCAUCAACCUGGUGGUGACUGACCUGCUAGUCGGCCUGUCCCUGCCCACACGCUUUGCUGUCUUCUACGGUGCCCGAGGCUGCCUGCGCUGUGCCUUCCCUCAUGUCCUGGGCUACUUCCUCAACAUGCAUUGCUCCAUCCUCUUCCUCACCUGCAUCUGCGUGGACCGCUACCUGGCCAUUGUGCAACCUGAGGGUUCCCGCCGCUGGCGCCAACCGGCCUAUGCCAAGGCUGUGUGCACCUUCGUGUGGCUGGCAGCGGGAGUCGUGACCCUGUCCGUCCUGGGCGUGAAAUCUGGCGGACGAUUAUGCUGCCGUGUCUUUGCUCUGACCGUACUGGAGUUCCUGCUGCCGCUGCUGGUCAUCAGCGUGUUCACCGGCCGCAUCAUGUGUGCACUGUCUCGUCCAGGCCUGCUACGCCAGGGCCGCCAGCGCCGCAUGAGGGCCAUGCAGCUGCUGCUCACGGUGCUAGUAAUCUUCCUGGUCUGCUUCACACCCUUCCAUGCCCGCCAGGUGGCUGUGGCACUCUGGCCCAGUGUGCCUCACCACACAAGCCUCGUGGCUUACCAUGUGGCCGUCACCCUCAGCAGCCUCAACAGCUGCAUGGACCCCAUCGUCUACUGUUUCAUCACCAGUGGCUUCCAGGCCACUGUCCGGGGCCUCUUCCGCCAGCAUGGAGAAGAGUUCAAACCCAGCAGUAUGGAUGUGGUCAGCAUGCACAAGAGUUCCAAGGGCUCAGGCCCCCAUCACAUUAUCAGCUCUGGCUCUCACACCCUCACCCAGCCUCUGACCAGAGCCAUAAGGGCCUGA